CAAGUGGUAACAGAUCUUGAAGAAGAUAAUGUACCUCCAACACCUCUAUUUGAAAAAUUGAAGAAUGCAUCAAAAAAACAAACUGAUCUCUUUGGCUAUUUUGGUAACCAAGAUUCGCAAAAUUUAUUUGAGAGAUUUAUGGAGAUUAAAAAAGUACUUGCACUUAGGGA